AUGGCUACCCCCAGUGUCCUCGCUUUUGACGCUGAGGGUCGAGCCAUUGACUUUGAGGUCUGGGUCGACGACCUGCAGUUGUUUUUACUGUGCGAUAGGGCGGACGGUCUUUCUCUCUUUGACCUCACCUCUGGCGCCUCUCCUGCUCCUGCUGCUAAUGCUGACCCCACUGUUCGCUCUCAGUGGGCCACCCGCGAUGCUGCUGCACGUCUUGCUGUGCGUCGCCACUUGCCCACCACUGAGCACGCGCACUUUAGUCAGUACAAGAGUGCUCAGACCUUGUACGACGCUGUCGUUGCGCGCUACUCUUCCCCUGCCACUGCUGCACUGAGCCGCCUCAUGCUCCCGUUCCUCUUUCCUGAUCUCACUUCCUUUCCGACUGUCGCUGACCUCAUUACGCACCUCCGCACUAGUGACACUCGCUACCGCGCUGCCCUUCCUGCUGAGUUCUGCGCCAAGAACCCCCCCCCCAUGUACAUCGCUCUCUAUUACAUAGUCACACGCCUCCCUGACUCCCUUCGCAAGGCCCUCCUAGCGGCGGAGAAGAGUAUAGUCGCUGUAGGAGCCUCUCGUGGUGACCCGCGCACCCCCAUCUUUGAGGGGUGUUCUCCUUUCCCCAUGCUGCCCUCUGUUGCCUCUGCUGCUGCUGCCGACCUGCUUGGUGGAGCUGGAGGGGGCGGUGGGGUGGCGGUGGAGGCGGCGGAGGGAGUGGGGGUGACGGUGGGAGUGGUGGCGGGAGUGGUGGAGGUGGUGGCGGCAGCGGCGGCGGAGGCGGUGGCGGCGGAGGCGGUGGAGGCAGAGGCGUGUGGUGGCGGCGGUGGAGGAGGUGGUGGCGGGGGAGCCGGUGUAGCGAUCUCUGAGCUAGACUUUGAUGCUAUCCUUGCUGCCAUGUAUGCUGUGUCUAUUAGUGAUGAGGGUGACUCUUACCGGUGUUUUCCGCCCGACCCGGGCAUUGGUACGACUGCGCUAGGUGCCUGUGACACUGCUGCGCUCUCAGGUGCUGGUGAGGCUGCACUUUCAGGUACUAGUGAGGCUGCGCUCUCAGGUACUAGUGAGGCUGCGCUCUCAGGUACCGCGUCGGCUUCGGCCUCCCUCACCUUUACACUUGACUCUGGGGCUUCUCGCUCCUUCUUUAGGGACCGCACCACACUCACGCCGCUUGGCCGGCCGGUUGCGUUCUCCCUGGAUGACCCCCUGGGGUCCUGUCCUCUCUCACUUCUCCCACUGUUCUACCGUGUCCACUGCCCCCUCCCUCGGCGCCCUGUCAGGCCUGUAGCUGCGUCGGGUCAGGUGUUUGCUGCUGCGUCCAGGUCUGGUCCUGAGUCUGCUGCCCCUGCUCGUGUCGCCUCCUGUCUCACGAGACCCUCCUGUGGCACCACCGUCUUGGCCACCCCUCCUUGCCCCGACCUUCCUGUGUCUCUUGUGUCGAGGGCGCCUCCGGCUGCCCCCCACUCCUCCCAGUAUCCUCCUCCGACAGAGGCUCCUCUGCAGACACUUCACAUGGACGUGUUGGGGCCCGGCCUGCGUCCGUGGACAGGGUCACGAGCGCUACUUUCUGCUGGUGGUUGA